UAAAGCUGCCCCAGAGCUCUGUACAAGUACAUGUCCAUCUCUCUAUCUCUCUCUCUCUCUCACUCUGUUUCUCCCAAUUUUGCUUUUGUGUUUUUGGUGGGUUUUUCCUCCAUUAUUUUUGACAGACGGACAGACUCUCAAAACAGUGUACCACACACUCCCACACUCACUCAGAGCCUCAGAGCUGGCAUGGGCCAGAGUUAGUGGUCACCCAUAUGGAAAUGGGUUGUAGCUCUAUGACUGAGUCAGGGGGCUCCUCUUCCUCCUCACCGCCGAACUCCUCAACUGAGUCACUCAAUGGCUUGAAAUUCGGACAGAAAAUCUACUUUGAGGAUGUGGGUCCUGGAACUCCAUCCAAAUCCGGUGCCGGGUCGUCUUCCUCUGGGCCUGGACCGUCCAAGAAGGUGAAGGCCGGAAUUGUUCAGACGGGUCAGCCGCCGAGGUGUCAGGUUGAGGGGUGCAAGGUAGAUCUAAGUGAUGCAAAAGCUUAUUAUUGCAGACAUAAGGUCUGCGGCAUGCACUCCAAAACCCCUAAAGUCAUCGUUGCUGGUCUGGAGCAGAGGUUUUGCCAACAGUGUAGCCGAUUUCAUCAGCUUCCAGAAUUUGACCAAGGAAAACGUAGUUGCCGUAGGCGGCUGGCUGGUCAUAAUGAACGUCGGAGAAAGCCACCACCAGGGUCAUUGUUGUCCACGCGCUAUGGUCGACUUAGUACACCUAUCUUUGAAAACAGCAAUAGAGUUGGAGUUGGAGGAGGCAGCUUUCUGAUGGACUUCAGUGCAUACCCUAGGCUUGCUGGGAGGGAUGCAUGGACACUUGCAAGGACAUCUGAGCGGGUACCUGGAAAUCAGAGCACCAAUACUGCGGUAAAGUUGCUUCCAAAUCUAUGGCAAAGCAACUCUGAGAGUCCUCCAUCUGACCUUUUCCUUCAAGGCUCAGCAGGUGGGAGCAGUUUCUCUGGUCAGGGGAUUUCUCCUGGAGAAUGCAUCUCAGGAGUCACAGAUUCAAGCUGUGCUCUCUCUCUUCUGUCAAACCAACCAUGGGCCUCCCGGGACCGACCAUCAGGUCUUGUGGUGCAUUCCUCAGUGAAUGCCGAAGGGGUGCCUGUGGUUCAACCAACAGCUCCUCACGGUGGGACUGUGAAUCACUUCCUGACCACUUCUUGGGGCUUCAAGGACAAUGUUACUAGCAGCAGUUCACAAGAGAUCCUUCCAAAUCUAGGCCUAGGUCAAAUGUUGCAGCCUCUUACCAUUCAGUUUUCUGGUGAGGUUGAGUUGUCUCAACAGAAUAGGAGGCAGUUUAUGGAGCUAGGACACUCCAGGGAUUACGACUCGGCGGGUCAGAAUAUGCCCUGGUCACUUUGAAGUGUCCCCUCGGCCUCCUUACCGGUGUCCAACUCCUGUUCUUAUAUUGGCUCCGGUCACUUUGGUAACUCUGGCAAGUAAAUGUUAUGCCCUUUUGGUUGUCGGGAUGAACUCAAACCUGACUGAUGGGUUUGUGUUUGUUUUUGUAGAAACUGACAAUCAAGAUGCUAGCAGGCUUGACUUGCACUUUCCUUGUAUUUUGGACUUCUAAGAUGUGUUGUAUGCGGGUAAAAACUGACAAUCAAGAUGUUAGCCUUGCUCUGCCUGACUAGCAUUUUCCUUUUAUUUUGGAAUUGUAAUAACCGGCAAUCAAGAUGUUAGACUAGGUCGGCCUUUCCAGCACGCUCUUUUUAUUUUGGAAUUAUAAGACGAUUGGUGCUGCUUUUAGCGGUCUUCUGCUUUUAGUAACAUUCGAGUACCCAUCUUUAUUUCUUCCUAA